CGGGAUGGAACGAAUGUGGCUCAGACCAUGGGGAUGAGCAGCUGAAAUCUCCGGGGAUCAGCGGGACAAUGCCAGAGCAAGCAUUGUGCUGACGGCUCUGCAAACACUGGCACCGGCUCCCGGCCAGCAGCACCCUAUAAAAGCCGAGCCGCUGAAGUAGGCAAACAUUACAUGGGCGAAGCAGCAGUACCGCCUGAGCUAGACACCGUUCCAGCAGCAAAGAUGGCUCAGACAAACCCUCUGCCUGUCCCCAUGGGCCCUUGGAAGAGCUUUCGGAGCAGAGGCCGGGAGAACCGCCAGCCACAGCCCUGCCACCCGCCCGUCCCAGAACGGCUCCGCUCCUCUCUCCAGACGGCACCGCUGCCCCGGGAACUGAUCUCCGCAGGGAUCACCGUGUACGACCAAGAAAACUUCCAGGGCAAGAGGAUGGAGUUCACUUCAGCCUGUCCAAACAUCAUGGAGUGCGGCUUCGACAACAUCCGCUCCCUGAAGGUGGAGUGUGGCGCCUGGGUCGGUUACGAGCACACCGGCUUCUGCGGACAGCAGUUCAUCCUGGAGAGGGGAGAGUACCCACGCUGGGACGCCUGGAGCGGCAGCAACGCCUACCACAUCGAGCGCCUGAUGUCCUUCCGCCCCGUCUGCUCCGCUAAUCACAAGGAAUCCAAGAUCACCAUCUUCGAGAAAGACAACUUCAUCGGCCGCCAGUGGGAGAUAGGCGACGACUACCCCUCGCUGCAGGCCAUGGGCUGGGCCAACAACGAAGUGGGCUCCAUGAAGAUCCAGUGUGGCGCCUGGGUUUGCUACCAGUAUCCCGGGUACCGUGGCUACCAGUACGUCCUGGAGUCUGACCACCACGGAGGAGACUACAAGCACUGGAGAGAGUGGGGUUCGCACGCCCAGACCUCCCAGAUCCAAUCCAUCAGGCGUGUCCAGCAGUAACUCCCCACUUUCCAGUACAUUGUUGCAAGGUUUCUAAAGCUCACCGGCUCCCUUUUGGUGCUAAUACUCCCCUCCUGAAAUAACCACCCCUUCUUGUACUGCAACUGCUUAUGGAACAACACUCCCAAACGGUACCAACUGCCACAAUUGCCAAUAAAUGUGACUGAAAGAAAAAGAUAAA